UAUGCAAAGGUUCGAAAGUGAUGUAAAUGUGGAAGGAGAAUCUUAAGCUGCUUAUACAAGAUUUGAAUCAUCUCCAUCAGUUGGAUAAUUAUCUGGUACACAUUAAGAAAAAUAAACUAUUAUCAAAUCAACUCUAAUUGCAUCAAUUGGAUCAUUCAUUUUUACUUAUGGUAUUCUAGCAUCAGCAGGCAAUAAUAUGGCUAUUUUAGUCAUAUUCUUCUUAAGUGUACUUAUGACUGAUCGUCUAACUGUAUUCAAUCCUGCUGUUAGUUUUAUUGAUUUACUCAUGGCUAGAAUUGGAUUUCAAGAAUUUAUGUUUAAUGUUAUUGGUUAAGUUGGAGGCAGUCUAUUAGGUGCAAUGGUGUGUUUCUUUGUUUUAGAAGAUUUCACUAAUGCACCAUAUUUAGAUGCUAAAAUUGGUGACAAUUUAAUUGGAGUAUUAGAAUAUAUUUAUUAAGUAAAUAGUCAGUUGAAGGAGAAUUAUUUGGCUCAAUUUUAUUUAUGAUAGUCUUAGGAUUAUAAGAGGAUGAUUAUUUGAAAUUUUCAGAUGAUAAAUUGGAACAUGCCUUAGUAGUCACUUUAGGAUUUGGUGCUGCUCGUGUCUUGUCAUCUGAAGGAUAAUCACUUUUCAAUCCAGCAUUUGCUUUUAGGUAUAUAUACUAUUUUUAAAUAUUAUUUAGUUUGGAAUUAUUUGAAUGCAUAUAAGAUGGUUCAUGGGGAAGAUUUGGAUUCUUAUGGGUAUUUACUUGUACUCCCUUUAUGGCAGCAGUUGUAGCAAUAAUGUUUAAUAGUCAAAUAUAUAAGAGAUUCUACGAUAAGAAAAUUUAAUACGGAUUUUGAU